AUGUCGUGGUCUGACACGGACGCGGCGCUCUUCGCGGCCGUCCUGGGCCACGACGCCGCGCGCCACCUGGCCACCACGCCGCCGCACCUCGACGGCCCGGCCUCCUCGUCGCCCGAGCUCCAGGCGCGCCUCUGCGACCUCGUCGAGCGGGGAGGAGCCUGGACCUACGGCAUCUACUGGCAGGAGUCCCGCGCCGGCGCCGGCGGCCGCCCCGUGCUCGGCUGGGGCGACGGGCACUGCCGCGAUGGCCCGGCCGAGGAAGCCCGGGUCACGGACAGGAGCCUGGCGCGCAAGCGCGCGCUGCUGCGGCUGCACGCGCUGUAUGGCGGCGGGGACGACGAUGGCGCCGACUACGCGCUCCGGCUAGACCGGGUCACUGGCGUCGAGAUGUACUUCCUGGCGUCCAUGUACUUCUCGUUCCACGAGGACGCCGGCGGGCCGGGCCGCGCGCUAACCUCCGGCCACCACGCCUGGGCCACCGUCGAUCCCCACCUGCCCGGCUCUGCGGCCGCUCCCGGGUGGUACGUCCGUGCGUCCCUCGCCCAGUCCGCCGGCUUACGCACCAUCGUCUUCCUCCCUUGCAAGGGCGGCGUCCUUGAGCUCGGUUCCGCCGUGGCCAUGUGCGAGAACCCCGAGGUCCUGCGCGCCAUCCAAUCUGCCUUCCACGUCGAGGCCGUCGCGCCGGACGAUCGCAUGAGGAUCUUCGGGAAGGACGUCUCCCGCAGCCCCCCAUUGCCGCCGGUGCAAACCACGGGGAGCGACGCCAGUUGGGCGCUGCGGCUCGGCGGGCAAGCCAUGGUGGCGACUCCGGCCAAGCAGGAGGUGGCGGCAGUCAAACCGAAACCCCAGCAGGAGCCUCCCAAGACCAUAAGCUUCAGCAAGGCUGUCGACGCACAGAAGCAGGCGGGCGGCGAGGAGCGGAGGCCGCGGAAGCGGGGGCGCAAGCCGGCGAACGGGCGGGAGGAGCCCCUGAACCACGUGGAGGCGGAGCGGCAGCGGCGGGAGAAGCUGAACCAGCGGUUCUACGCGCUGCGCGCGGUGGUGCCCAAGAUCUCCAAGAUGGACAAGGCGUCGCUGCUGAGCGACGCCAUCGCGUACAUCCAGGAGCUGGAGGAGCGGCUCCGGGGCGGCGCGGCGGGGCCGGCGCCGGCGCGGGCGGAGACCGGCCCGUCCGUGGAGGUGAAGACAAUGCAGGACGAGGUGGUGCUGCGCGUGAGCACCCCCCUCGAGGCGCACCCCAUCUCCGGGGCGCUGAGCGCCAUGCGGGACUCCCAGCUGAGUGUGGUGGCGUCGAGCAUGGCGGUGGCCGACGACACCGUCACGCACACGCUCGUGGUGCGGUCGGCGGGGCCCGAGCGGCUCACGGCCGAGACCGUGCUCGCCGCGAUUUCCCGUGGGAUGAUGAUGAGCGCCACCCCCUCCCCGUGA